CUUUCUAUUCUCAAAUCCUCACCAACACUUGCAGCUUCUGGGGAAAAAGAAAAGAAAAGAAAAUGGACAAACGUCGCCGGAAGCAACCCAAGACCAGCAGUUGCUGCUCUGAAGAGGUGAGUAGCAUCGAGUGGGAUUUCAUAAACAUGUCGGAACAAGAAGAAGAUCUCAUUUAUAGAAUGUAUAGACUCGUUGGCGACAGUGCUUCCACCUUGCUUGAUGAGAUGAGCCCAUUUGAGUUGAGUAGAUACAUAUAUGCUGCUUUGCUGCACCUGCAUGUCGUUUUAGAGACUGUUGAAGCUGCUUCAUUUAAUGAUGACUUGAAAGCCGUACGAAUAUAUGACACAGGUGGGCGUUGAUAGCCGGUCGCAUCCCGGGGCGCAAAGCUGAAGAGAUAGAGAGGUUUUGGAUUAUGAGACAUGGAGAUGUAUUUGCCGGUCACCGGAGAGAGAUGAAGAAGAGGCAUAACAACUACUAACGCCUGCCUAGCUUCAUCCAUUUGUGAUUUUCAUUUUCUUAUAUUUUUCUCCUUGUUUCUGUAAUGAAAGUAGCAGUAAUUAAGUUUGUUGAAGGCUUGAAGCUUCUUCUUUUUUUUCUUCUUCUUUUUAAAAAACUUAAAUUUAAAGU